AGAACACUCAGCGUCUCUGCUACCUAUUUGAAUUAUGUGUCGGAGUCGUGGUCGUGGGAAGGUAGGAACAAUUGUGAUCGGUAAGGAUCAAUCGGUGCAAUCAUGAUUGUACUUCUAAAUCACUGCAAACGUGGUCGGUAUCGCAAGCAAACAUCAAUAUUAACACAGAGUGCAUCAAACCAAACACUUGAGAGGCAGUUCGUCUUUUGUGGUUGAUGCUCUAAAUCGUAUUGCAUUACUUGUGACCAAUUGUUGCCAAUAAAACUCGUCAAACAUCACUAGCAUUACAAAAAACGAGAAGCCAUCGGAGAAGAAGAUUUUCGAGCGUGUUGCUUCAGUAGUGCUUUCCUUCAGGUGUUUUUUCUUUCCUCCGAUCACUCAACGAGGCACAGAAAAAAGUUUUAGCGGACGAGGGACAGGAACGACGUGAAAAUCAAGAAGGAUUGAAAAAUGCAUGCCUACGACAAGAAGGCCGCGCGGUCCUCGCGGGGCUCCCGUCGCGGGGCUCCCGUCGCGGCUCCAACCGGACCAAGAGCCGCAACAAUUUCGCCAAUCUGGGCCGCACGAUAUCGUUCUCUCCCAUGGUCUUCGACGCAGCGAUGAACACAGUCGCGGCGGUGCAACAGGCAGACCUGGAGGCGCGCGGGUCGAGAAUGAAUAGUGGGAAGAAGCUAUCCAAGAAAAAAGCUGUGUUAGUGUAACGCUCUUUGGCUGACAGCAUCACAAAUUUUCUCUACAUGACAGAGAGAACCUGUCAGGCGUGGUUUGUAAGGGAAAACAAACAUGAAAAGAGGACUGCAUGGCUGUCUUGCAUGACAGGUGUAACUCUGUUGCAUGUUCUGCAUCACAGAUUUACACUUACACAGUUUUUUUCUUGCAUAGAAGCAAGCCGUCAUUUUGGAUGAGGAUGCGGAGACCACGGACACGGUAGAGGAAGAAGCAUUGGCGUCAGGUACUUACGGGGAGUGAAAAUGGAUGAUUCUAUUUUCUACAUUAGCAGGAGUACUCACACAGAAGAACUACACCAGCCAUCAUUCCUAGAUUGAUGCAGCGAACCGAUGCCGUAUGUAUGUUUGUGUUUCCAGCAGUUGUGCAAGUACAAAGUGCGGAAGAAAAUGAGAUUAAGAAGAAGAACGUAGUUACCCUAAACCCUGAUCACUCACUACUUAGGCUCCGCGGCACUCGGGCGUACAAGUAGCCAGACACCGAGACGCACAUCACCACGCAGUGGUGCAAGCUCCUCCUCAACAUAUUCCGGUAAAACUGUUUUUUUUUGAUGUCUACGGUGUGCAUUAGCAUUUCAGUUCGAUUCUGCCCGACUCUGACCAUGAUCAUGGGGAACAAAGUUGUAGACUUGUUUCGAGCGCACGCGCAGCACUUGCAAUAUGAACGUCAUUCAAGGUAGCUGUAGAACAAAAUCUUCAAUACAUGAUAUCAAGGUGGCAGGAGUUCUUACAGAAAAUCGUCCUCGUCGUCGUCCUCCCCGUCUUCUUCACCCAGAGCAACUGGCGAAGACCAGCAGUCGUUCUUCGAGCGGAAAACCAGUGGCGCGAUUUACGGUGGUUACAACAAUUCAACGGAAGACGAGAGGACAAGUGCUGCAUCAACUAGUACGGAAAUAAACACCAUCACCGCGAUUAGUGGAACAAAUGACGAAACCGCACCAGGAACGGUAGCGGACGAUGUUGCUAGCAAGAUGGAGCUUUUGAUGCAGAACCAGGAGGCAGCGAGACACUUGCAAGUAAAAAUUGUUUUCUGUUUGUCGUUCUACUUGAGCUUUUUACAGACAUGCUACAUGUUGAGUCUUUUGUCAUGCUCAUGCAUAAAGACACACACAACUGAUGCUGAAGCGAAGAAAGCACAAUUUAUUAAGAUUCAAUUGCCUUCGCAUCAAUGCAAAUCUAAAUCUAUCACAAACUUCUCAGCGACAGGGAGCAGUCCUGAACGAUCAGCUUGCGCGCGACGGUCUAUCCCCCUACGCGGUGAAUCAGGGCCUGAAGUCGUACGCCGAGACGGGGAACUGGACCGCUUUCCAGCAGAUGCACGAAUCCGGCUUGCUAGCGAAUUUCGAGUCGCGCGACAGGAACGGAGACGGGUUUCUGGAUCAAACGGAAGACGACUGUGCUGCGAACGCGGAUUUAAACGGGGACGGGAGAGUAUGACAGUGCAGAACUUCCAUUCCCCCUUAUUUGUUACGGAAUUAAUUUACCAAAUCCACAGCUUGCGCUGGCUUGCCUUUCGGAUUGUUUGUUUAUCCGGAUUUACAGUACUACAAUGAAUCCGUUUUCGAAUUCGUCAUGCGAAGGGUUCAUUUCUGUUGCGUUGUCCUUGUCGGUUGUGUUGCUGCUGCUCGGGCCCUCCAAAUGAGGGGAAUGAACUGGGAGUCGUGCACUCUCAUAGAGAACGAGCGUGGUGGAGGCGCAUACGCAUUGUUCAACGAGUGCGGAAGGGGCGAACGGCAAUGAUAUUGGGACCUCCACAGCACCGGUAGCGCCGGUUCCGGGGGUGAUCGCAACCGAAACUGGAGCAACAGCCAUGUUGGAAAUUGAUACUAGUCAGCCCCUAUGAAUUGCAAAAGUAUCGUACUCGUAUAAAUGCAAUACAAAUUUCCUCAGCAUGAGAAAUAGCAUUUGUAAUGCAGGCUUGCCUUAAGAGAAUGAUUUGUAAUGCAAGACUUGCAUUUAUACGAGUACGAUACUUUUGCACAGGAUAGCCCCCUCCCACUCGGGAGUCGUCGACCACGUCGGAAGAUAGUUUCGAGGACGUGUUGGUCGAAACAGGAAAAAAAGACCCAGAUACUGGCUACGAGGAACUGGUGGUGCAAAAGGCACCAAGAAGGUCCUCGUCCUCACUGGUACCUGGAAGAUGGUCCUUGUCCUCGUUGUUCUGCGGUAAUAAGUGCGGAACAUCCCCAUCCCAACAGCACGUCGAGUACACGCCGGACAAUGAUGCUCCUGUCGAACGAGGAGUUGGCUAUCAACAACAAGAACAACCUCCACGAGCAGGUGACAAACUGAAUUUUGACCCUUUGUAGAUAGAAGUUCGCCACGAAAUCAUUUCAACAAGAUCAUCAAUUUGAGCACAUGCUUGCACCAUCACCUUCACCGCUGAAUAUAUUUUCCGCUAGAGGGACGUUGCUCCUGCUCCAGGAU